AUGAGUUUACCUGUGAAAUCAAGUCUUGAGUCAUCUCGGCCAAAUUUAAUUCUUGGAUUGGUUAUCUGUCAGAAAGGGAAACGUCUCGCCACCGGCAUUGAAACAGAAAAGAUAGAGGAAAAGCGAAGCAGGAUUCAAGCACAUGAGGAAGCAGAAACAUCACUGUUCUCUAAAGGGCCACCAGCUGCUUCGCAAGAGAAGAAGACUCCAAAAUACACACUGUAUUCAGGAGAUUCAGCCGUAAGUACAACACCACCUGGAUCUCCUCCACCUCCACCCCCACUUCCCAUUCCAGACACCUCGGCAGUCACACCUUCAGUGUUAAAAAUACUGUCCUCGAUUAAAAGUGGAACCACCAGUACUGUAACACCACCAAUUUCAACUGCUGCUUCUGCAAGCGUCACUGCUACGCAUUCUUCAUCUUCAAAAACGGCCACACCUCUGGAACACAUCCUGCAGACACUUUUUGGAAAAAAGAAAACUUUUGAGCCCCUUGCUAAGGAUUCUGAAACUGUCCAGUCUUCAAAUCAGGAAGGUCAGGCUGCUGCUGAUGGAGGGAUGUCAGCUGUUCCUUUGUUAGAUCCCAUUGUGCAACAGUUUGGACAGAUGUCAAAAGACAGAGCUAUAGAAGAGGAGGAGGAUGACAGGCCAUAUGAUCCUGAAGAAGAAUACGGCCCGGAGAAAGCUUUUGAAAUGCAGCCUGGUGAAAGUGAAAAACGAUACAAUGUGGAAAAGCCAUCUAACACAGCAGAACUGGAGGAUGAGGCCUAUGAUCCAGAAGAUGAGACUAUCUUGGAAGAAGCAAAAGUUACCGUGGAUGAUUUACCUAACAAAAUGUAUACUGACACUAAAAGCAAUUCUUUGGAAACACCUGCUUCGUAUGUGCCUGAUUUAUCUGCAUCCUCAUCCUUGGACCAGCAAGCUACACAAAAAGUAGAUUUACCUUCAUCUUUAAAUCAGCAAGCACAAGUGUUAAACCAGGGCUGUGACCCAAGGCAGAACAGAGAUCCUCGACAAGCUAGAAGAAUGGCAACAGAGACAAAUGACAAUGCUGAUUCUCGACUAAGGCCACAGGUGGUACAGAAUGAGAUAGCCACAAGAGAAAUUGCUCCAGCAAGUUUUCCAAAUGCUUUGCAGACAUCAUUUGGUAAGGAAGAUAAAACUUUGGUUUCUGCUACUCAGCCCGGUUUUAGUGGUGAUAAUUGGGUUUCAAGUGAAAAGGCUUCUGUAGUGUCCCAGAAAGAGGCAUCUAAUAGCAAAUUUGAAAACACUGUUCAAGUUAAUUUGGAAAACGUGAGUCAAACAGCUUCUGGAGAACCUUCUGCAUCCAAACCUUUACGGAAAGUGCUGCUUCCAACACCUCCCAGUACGUCUUUCCAGCCUAAUUUCUCCACAUCAAAUGACAGUCAGUCUUUGCAAGAUAUGCACAAAGUAUCGUGGUCAAAUGAGUCAAAGGAAGUAAUGGGAAGGGAUUCUUUCCCAAAUACAAUGUUUACUUCUCAGGAACCAGAGAGGGGUCUUUCAUCAGUGCAAUAUGAUGAACAAAGGAAUGCUCAGUCUCAUCAAUUUGUAGAACAAAGUGAGUCUCCAUCAGUUCAGAGUGAGGGUGGACCUUCCCCACAGCACUUUGAAGAAAACCGAGCUGGACCUCCAUUUUCUUUGUCUGGGCAGAAGGGAGGGCCUCCACAACCACUGAUGCUCAAUCCACCUGGAGGACCUCAUGGACCUAAUUUCAGAGGACCGGCACCACAGUUCUCUGAAGAGCAUGGUUCUCCAAAUAACGAUGGGCAAAGAGGCCCUCCAUCUGGAAGAUUUGGAGGUCAAAAGGGGCCCAUUCCUUCCUUAUUUUCUACACAGCAUGGACCACCAUCUCUUUUUGGUGAUAAUAGGGGCUCUGCCCCUUCUUAUCAUGGUGUUCCAAGAGGAAUGUCACCAUCUCAGUUUGAAGAUCGUAGGGAACCUCACAUGGAACAAAGGGAAUUCUCAGAUUCCCAGUAUAAUGAAAUGAUUAGGCCUCCAGGACAGUUUGAAGGACCAGAUCCACCUCAGUUUAUGGGAAACAGAGGACCUUCGCCUUUUCCUUUCGGAGGUCAAAGACGACCCCCACCAGCUCAGUUUAAAGGACAGAGAGGAGGCCCUCAGUUUGGAGGGCCAAGAGGUCCAGCCCCAAGUCAUUUUGGGGGACCAAGAGGGCCUCACCCAAAUCAAUUCGAAGGGCAGAGAGGUCCAGCUCCAAAUCAUGUACCUGGUCCAAGAGGACUUUUGCCACAGCCAUUUGAAGAACGGAGAGGGAGUCCACCACCCAGGUUUGCCAACCAGAGAGGUCCAGCACCUCUGCAGUUUGGAGGACCAAGAGGAGCCACACCUGGACUGUUUCCAGAAGAAAAUGAACCUCCCUCUUCCAGGUUUCACUUCCAAGGUCAGUCACCACAAGGUAUGAAGCCAAGCCCAAGACCUCUCCUGGACCUUCCAAGUCAUCCACCAUCCCACAGAAAAGACAUGUGGGAGGAAGCUGGACCAUCUGCAUCUCUUUCCAGUAUUUCUGGACAGGGGUCUGAGGCGGAAGGACAGUGGUCAGCAUCUGACUUCCGAGAAGGCAAAAAUCCUGAAUUUAGAGGCCAAACAUUUGAAGGGAGACAGAGAGAGAGAUAUGAGGGAGGAAAUAAAGACAAGGUUUUAGAUCAGCCAGAGCCUCAGCAAGCAGACAAUCGACAAGGUAGACCCUUUGAGGAAAGACGAAGGGAUCGAGAACAUGGCAGACCUUGGGAAAGAGACCGUGGCAGAAACUGGAAUAGAGACAGGGACUGGGAGAGACACAGAGACAAGGAAUGGGAUAAAAAUAGAGACAGAAACCAAAACAAAGAUAGAGAGAAGGAUUCAGAGCGAGCUAAAGAAUGGGAAAGAAACAGAGACCGAGAGAGAGCAAGAACCAGAGAGAGAGAAUCCUACAGAAGACGUGACAGAGAGCGAUCAAGAAAAAGAGAGCGAGAGAGAGAUCGAGAUCGUGAAAGAGAAAGAGGAAAAGAUCGCAAAGAUCGGAGCAAGAGUAGGGAAAUUGGUAAAGAGGUGAAGCCAGAAACACCGAAGGAAACUCAGAAACCAACAGAAACAGAAGCUUCAUCUUCCACUAAUCAGUCAUAG